UGGAAGGCCAGCUUUGUAACUGCCUUUAUGUGGCUCUGACGGUUCAGGUGAGAGUUUAUCCUGAACUCUAGUUUCCAGCUGAAGUUGAUUGUUGACUUUAGGUCUAUAAUUCUAGAUCUAUAACUCCAGAUCUAUAACUCUAGAUCAUUCCUCUUUACCUCCAAAGACUUUCAGCUUCUGUUCAGCUGCAGAAAGUUUAGGCUCUUCCAUACAUUUAUCCGUUCUCAGCAUCUGUUCAGUGAUUGGAUGGUUCAGACUCAGCUGAUGACAUCACCAGGCGAUCUGUGUAGUCAUGGCAGCUAAUCUUAGUUCCUGUUAUAAUCUGAGCCACUGUUGCAUAUAGAUGUUGAACAGGAGGGGUCAGAGGUCAGAGCCCUGAGGUACUCCACAUGUGACAUGAGGAAGUCCUGGUUCUGUUGGUAAACAUGAACCAGUCCAGAACUGGAGCAGAGAGUCCGGCCUGGUUCUCCAGCCGGUCACCUACUCUGAGGUCCAACAGAACCAGAACUGUGGUUCUUUCAGUCCGUUGUGACUGAACAGAUAAAACAAGGCAAAACCAAAUAACCUCUGUAAACUCUUAGAAGUACAAGAAGCUGCUGGGUUUUUUACAUGUGUUUAUAUAAAUGCAGCCAUAAAGCAUCUCAGAGCUGACAGGGUGCAGGCAGGAGCUGAGAGCCAAUCAGAAGCGCCGCAGCGCGCUGACUGAACUAUAAACUGGCUUUCCCUUUUUGGCUGACAUCACACUAAUUGCAGAUUCCUCAGAGGAGCGAGUCACGACAGACAGCAGAGUGUUACUGGGACGCGCAGCAUCUGGACUCAGGAGAAAUGACUCUUCCAGCUACCAGCUUCCCUGACCUCAACGCCACGGCGAUGUACAGCGACCAUGACGGCGCCAACGUUACGGGCUGUCCCAACCCGGAGGCCUGGGACUGGCUGGCUAGCGGAGCGCCGGUCUACAUUCUGACCAUCAGCAUUCUGGGAAUCUUCUUCAACCUGUUCGUCCUGAUGGUCUUCAUCCUCCACAAGAAGCCCUGCACCGUGGCCGAGAUCUACCUGAGCAACCUGGCUGCUGCCGACCUGGUUCUGGUGUCCUGUUUGCCUUUCUGGGCCGUCAACAUUUACAAUCAGUUCGACUGGCCUUUCGGACAGUUCAUGUGCAAAGUCGUCAAUGUGGGCAUCAAGAUAAAUGUCUACUGCAGCAUCUACUUCCUGGUUCUGGUUGGCAUAGACCGGUAUGUGGCGCUGGUGCACGGUUUGUCGCAUGGAAGGAUGCGCAGGCCAAAGUAUGCUAAGCUAGGAUGCCUGCUAACGUGGGGCUUCGGCUUGUUGCUCAGCAUUCCCACAUUCAUCUUCAGGAAGGUGAGACAUUUUCCUGAGUAUGGAGUUUACGCCUGCUACCUGGAAUACCCGAACCUGAUCGUAGAGAUUCUCUAUGACUGGAUGCUGCUGGUUCUCAGCUUCGUCAUUCCUGUUUCCAUCAUCUUGUUCUGCACUUUGAGGAUCAUCCGGGCGCUGAAGAAGCAGUCGAUAGAAAGGUUCAACGCUGAGAAGACAGAGCAGAAGGCCACCAUCUUGGUUCUGGUGGUCCUGCUGGCCUUCCUCCUCUGCUGGGUGCCGUUCCACCUGGUCACCAUCCUGAACAUCCUGGAGCGGGUCCAAGUCCUGGGAGGGUGCCAGCUGUCGUCCGCCCUGGACAUCUGCAACCAGAUCUUCACCUACCUGGGCUUCUUCAACAGCGUCCUGAACCCAGUGCUGUACGUCAUCGUCGGGAAGAACUUCAGGAAGAAAGUUCGGGAACUCAUGAAACAGUGGCGGAUCAAGAGAACGACGACGUCUGAGUCCACUCGCUCCAAUUUAUCCUCCACACUCAAGACUUUAGUCUGAAACAUCCACCAAACGACGAGCUGCUCAGCAGAGAUGUAAAUAUGUGUUCAUAUGAUAAUAAACUGUAUACGGUUUUUAUGUUACUUGCAGGAAACUGUUGCAUUUCAAAACAAAAUCCUUUGGUUUUAUUAUUAUAAACUAUAAAGUAUAAGUUUUGUU